AUGACAGAAGAAAUCGUAAAUGCAAGUGAUAUUUUAACAAAGAAAUUAGAUGGACAUUUAAUUGAUGGUGAAGAUACUUUAUUAUAUGAUCUUGGAAAUUUAACAGCCUUUGAUCAUUCCUCAUUAAAUAAAACUGAAUACAAAUCAAAUCCAAAUGAAUAUAUUAAUAAAUUAUCAAGAGAUAAUGUACAACUUUUAAUUUCAAGAUUAUUUCAAUUACCAAUUAAAGAGAUUGAAGAAGGUUCAUUAGCAUUAUUACCAAGAUGUACAACACCAAUUCCAAGAGAGAGAUCAUUACCAACAAGUAAACCAAAAACAAGAUGGGAAGCAUUUGCAGAAAUUAAAGGUAUUAAAAAGAAGAAGAAAUCAUCAAUGGAAUGGGAUAAAGAACAUGAAGAAUAUCGUCCAACCUUUGGAUAUAAGAAAGCAAAUGAUGUUGCAAAUGAUUGGGCAAUGCUUGCACGUCCAGAUGAUAAAGUUGGUGAAGAUCCAUUCAAGAAAUUAGAGGAUGAAAAGAAUGAUAGAGUUUCAAAACAAAAGAAGAGAGAACAAAGAAAUUUCGAUGAAGCUUCAAUGCGUCAAAUGUCAAAUGUUGGCAAAACUUUAUCAUUCGAUAAAGAACAUCGUGGACAAAUUAAAUCCGAUAUGGAAAAGGUAUUUGACGUUGCAAAACUUUCAACUGCUUCACUUGGUAAAUUCGAUAAAAGAGUCGAAAAUGAAAAAGAUGCUCCAAAAAGAGGUAAAAAGAAAUUGGCUGGUCUUGGUGCUGGUGAUGUCGCUCAAGAAUCUGAAAAUAAUUCAAAAUUGAUUGAUCGUAUGUUUAAGAAAGAGAAUGUCUUAAAUGUUGAUAAAGCAACUCGUCAAUUUGUUAAAGCUGAAGAAAGAGAAAAUUACUCAAAAAAGAGAUCAAGUGGUGGUAAAGAUAAUAAAUCUCAAAAGAGAUUUAAAAAAUAA